AUGACUGAGAAGGUUAAGGACGCCACCCCCGAAAACACCGAACACAAGGAGGAUAAAGAGGAGUCUGUGGAGCAAUGUGACGAAAUCAUGGAGGAGGAAGGUGACACCAAUGCCAAGGAGUCCCAGGAAUCUGAUGACUUGUUCGCCAGCCAUGGAGGAGAUCCUCGAUCACUUGAUUUGAACAGAUGCCUGCUUCUUUCGAAUCUGCCAUCUGUAUUCCUGAACGAUCCCUUUGAAGAAUUCAGCAACACCAUGCUUGAUUGGAUAGCCCAGGAUUUCAAGGUUGCUCGCGACGCUAUGGAGAAGAUCGUUCGCAUCGGGAAACUGCAAAGUGAUGCUGAGAAUCAGGUACAUUUUCUAUGA